AUGUAUUCAGUGAGCUAAAUUUCUAAAUCUGAUCCAACCCGUUAUGGUGAUUCGUUUAAGCCAACUGCAAGAAAAGUGACCCAUCGUUUACUUUCGCAUUGUGAUAAUGAGGGGAAUCUUAAGAAAAUUGAUUUUGCUUUGGCAGGCAAUGGCAAACAUCUCCCAGAUUAUAACACAAAAUCAACCUAAUUGGAAACAAAGUAAAUAGAACCAUUCAAAAUCAAGGAUUUUAUACCUUAGAUCAAUCCAACCAUCAAAUAAGAAUUGAGUCGUCUAAAUAAGAAUAACUUUUUAGACUUUUUAUUAAUUCAGAAGGCUGGCAGAUAAGGGGAUCAAAAGUUCUUCGAUCUAUUAAUUUAAUAAUACAAUUUUGAUCCGUUUAAGAAAACCUUGAAGAUACAUGACAAUAAAUAAUAAAUUCAAUAUCUUCAAAAACGAGAUGAAAGAGAAGAGCAAAUAGCAUAGUAGAUUAAGCAAUUUUAUAAGCACAUGCAACACAAAAGGAGUGGCACGAUUAAUGAAUAGCCUUUAGACCGUAUGAUCAUAGAAAAAAAUAAUUAUUUGAUCCAAAAACUACCACGCUUUAGAGCUAAGUUAGAGGCUUUGUAAGGAAAAAAUGAUAAUAUAUGA